AUGUCAGUUGAAGACGAGAAGCAAAAAGUGUUUCAAGGCACACCGAGUGAAGAUGUUCGUCUGGAGAAUUUGGGAUAUGAGCAGGAGCUCAAACGUUCUUUCGGGUUGGUAGGGAUGAUUGGCUUUAGUUUCAGUGUUGUGACAUCAUGGACGGCACUGAGUGGUGUGUUCAUUGUUGGAGUAACCUCCGGCGGUCCUCCGGUUAUGGUCUUCAGUUUUCUCGCCGUUAGUCUGUUGACUCUAGCUGUUGCAAUCCCUAUGGCAGAAAUGUGUUCAAUGUAUCCGGUAGCUGGUGGUCAAUAUUCUUGGGUUGCGGCACUCGCUCCACCGAAAAUAGCUCGAGGUCUUUCAUACGUGACAGGAUGGUUCAUGCUAAUCGGUCUCUUGGCUAUGGGUGCUACGAACAACUCCAUUGCGUCCAACUUUGUUUUGGGAAUGGGAAACCUCAUCUUCCCCGAAUUCGAGAUUCAAAGAUGGCAAACAGUGCUUGUUGCCUACCUUGUCGCAUUCCUCUCUGCCGCCGUCAACCUCUGGGGCUCGCAUUUCUUGCAUCGGAUCUCGAAAGCAAUUCUUAUCUGGAAUGUUACCUCCUUCGUCAUCGUCACCGCCACAAUUCUUGCUAUGAACGACCAUAAGCAGCCCGCUUCUUUUGUGUUCCAAGAUUUCCAAAAUGGAACUAGCUUUAGUACGGGAAUGGCUGCGAUUAUUGGUGUUCUCCAAGCUUGUUUUGGCAUGUGUUGUUACGAUGCCCCUUCGCAUAUGACCGAGGAGAUGAAGUCCGCGUCAAAAGAGGCACCGAAGGCUAUCGUUCUCGCUGUUAUUCUGGGUGCUGUGACUGGAUUCGCUUUCCUCGUUACCCUUUGCUUCUGCAUUGGUGAUAUUGAGACCACUGCCAACACAAGCACCGGUGUGCCUGUGAUUCAAAUUAUCUACGACUCCACUGGAAGCAAGGUGGCUACUUGUAUUCUGUCGAGUUUGAUCUCUGUGAUUGUGAUCGUCGCAGGAAAUAACGUUCUUGCCGAAGGCUCGCGAUCCGUCUACGCAUUUGCAAGAGAUAAUGGCUUGCCAUUCUCCAAGUUCUUCAGCAAGGUGGAGAGCAAAACCCACGUGCCUGUCAACGCCGUGCUUCUCACACUCGUUGUACAACUAGCCCUCGAUGCCAUCGAAUUCGGUACUACCACUGGUUUCCAGACAGUCAUCGCCAUCUCAACUGAAGGCUUCUACUUGUCAUACGCAAUAGCCCUUUUCAGCCGUCUAGCUGGCUACUAUACCGGUCACGUAACCAAGCUCGAUGGUCCAUACUCAUUCUCUGUCCCGGUCUCCAUCGCGCUUAACAUCAUCGGACUCCUCUUUCUUCUCUUCGCAGCAAUCACCUUCAACUUCCCUAGCGAAAAUCCGGUUACUCACGAAUCAAUGAACUACACCAGCGCCGCAAUUGGUGUUGUUGCUCUCAUUAGCGGUAUCACAUGGAUCACAACAGGUCGCAAGCAUUUCUCGGGACCUGGUGCGGUUAGUUUCUUGAAUGGUAAGAAUACCGCGACACAAAAUGCAGUGGAAGCAGACGCGCAGUGUGAGGAUGAGAAGAAAACUUGA